GCAGUGACGCAAGUAAGAUGGCGACGGCGACUUAACUGAGUCCAUUGCUCACGCUCUCGUAAUUGAGCUUUUGUGAGUCCAUCCUUCCGCAGGCCGCCUCUCGGUGGCGGGAACUGGUCGCUGGCCUGGCCUGGGGGCGGAGGGCUUCCCAGAGGCGCGGCGGCUGCCACCCGGGCCGUGUGAACCCUGGCCGCCCUUCGUCUAGAGUGGGGCGGGGGAGUGCGCUGGCAGCACCCGCCCGAGAAUACCAGCUUUGCUCACCUACUGCCUGUCUGGUUGUGAGUGAAAAUCCAAAGGAAGACAGUUGUCCACUGAGCUAUUAACAAUGCAACCACAGGAGUUAAUAUCCUUCAAAGAUGUAGCUGUAGACUUCACCCAGGAAGAGUGGGCAUUGCUAGACACAUUCCAGAGACAACUGUUCAGAGAAGUGAUGCUGGAGAAUAUCAGUCAUCUGGUCUCAGUGGGAUGUGAGGUCUGCAAAUCAGGUGUGUUUUCCCUUUUGGCACAGAAACAGGUAGUGUGGAGGGAAGGAAUGGAAUUUCUUCAAAACCAGAGCCCAGACAUUGAAAUUGCCUGUAAAAAGCAAGAGAUGAUAUUGAUGCAACUUAUCUACAGAAAUGACAAUUCUGAGGAUGCAUCACUGAUAUCUUACACUCAGAAGAAUUCCUUUAAAUGUAAUUAUUUGCAAGAGGAUUCCACCCUCAGAUCCACAGCGACUCAACAUGCAUUAACUCCCAUGAGAAAGAAACCAUAUUUAAGGAAACCAUUUGGAGAAGUCCUCAGUGAACAGUCAUCUUUUAAUAAACAUGAGCAGUUUCACACUACAAGUAAAUCCUGUGAAUGCCAUCAAAAUGCUAAAGCCUUUAUUAAAAGUGCUGGCCACAAACAAUAUGAUAGAACUCAAACUGGAGGUAAUCCAUACAAAUGCUUUCUAUGUGGAAAAGCAUUCAUUGGCUUUAUUGACUUUAGACAACAUGAGAGAACAAACACUAGAGAGAAACUGGAAUAUAACCUAUCUGGAAAAGCCUUCAGUCAGUCUUCUAAUCUUCAACACAUUGAGGGAACUCACUCUGGAGACAAACCCUAUGAAUGCAUUACAUGUGGGAAAGCCUUCACUUAUUAUUCUACACUUAGUAUACAUGAGAGAACACACACUGGAGAAAAACCCUAUGAAUGCCAUCUAUGUGGGAAAACCUUCAGCCAAUGUCAUUAUCUUAGACAACAUGAGAGAACACACACUGGGGAAAAACCAUAUAAAUGCCGUAUAUGUGGGAAAACCUUCAGUGCUUGUUCUUCCCUCCAACAUGAGAGAACUCACAAUGGAGAGAUACCAUGUAAAUGCCAUGUAUGUGGGAAAGCCUACAGUUCUUUUUAUAGCCUCAAACGACAUGAGAGGACUCACAGUGUAGAGAAACUGUAUGAAUGUCAUACAUGUGGGAAAGCCUUCAGUAAUUGUUCUGUCCUCAAACGACAUGUGACAACUCACACUGGAGAGAAUCCCUAUGAAUGUCACACAUGUGGGAAACCCUUCAUGCAUAUCUCUGUCCUGCGACAACAUGAGAAAACUCACACUGGAGAGAAACCCUAUGAAUGUAACCUGUGUGGGAAAGCCUUCACUCGACUUUCUAAACUUCAGCAACAUGAAAUUACUCACACUGGAGAGAAACCCUAUAAAUGUAAUCUGUGUGGGAAAGCCUUCACUUACCCUUCUGGUCUUCAACAACAUGGAAUUACUCACACUGGAGAGAGACCUUAUGAAUGUAAUCUGUGUGGGAAAGCCUUUUUUCAUAUCUAUAGCCUAAGACGACAUGAGAGAACUCACACUGGAGAGAAACCCUAUGAAUGUAAUCUGUGUGGGAAAGCCUUUGCUCAACCUUGUAGUCUUCAAAAACAUGAGACAAUUCACACUGGAGAGAAACCCUAUCGAUGCCAUAUAUGUGGAAAAGCCUUCAAUGAUUGUUCUUCUCUCAAACAACAUGAGAGAACUCACACUGGAGAGAAACCCUAUGAAUGUAAUCUGUGUGAUAAAGCCUUCACGGAUUGUUCUUCCCUCAAACAACAUGAGAGAACUCACACUGGAGAGAAACCCUAUCAAUGUAAUCUAUGUGAUAAAGCCUUCACUUAUCCUUGUAAACUUAAAAUACAUAUGAGAGUUCACACUGGAGAGAAACCCUAUCAAUGCCAUAUAUGUGGAAAAGCCUUCAGUGAUUGUUCUUCCCUCAAAAAACAUGAGAGAGCUCACACUGGAGGGAAACCCUAUCAAUGCUAUACAUGUGGGAAAGCCUUCAUUGAUUUUUCUAACUUCAAACAACAUGAGAGAACACACUAGAGAAUCCUGUUUUUAGGUUAGGACUCACUUUAGGUGAAGAAUUUCUUUUUUAAUGCAAGCAUAUAGACAAAUAAAUUUCUCUCUCAGCACAACCUUCACUGCAUCCCAUAAAUUGAGUAAGUUGUAAUUUCAUUUUCAUUUGUCUAAAGUUAUUUCCUAACUUUGCUUCUGAUUUCCUGUUUAAAAUAUUGCUUGAGAGGGGAUCCAAGAUGGAUUAAGAGAGACAGAGAAAAAUUCUCCUCCAUGAGAAACACUAGAUAAAAUACAGUAAGUGCUCCAGUAUACUGGUUCCAGGGUUCCCCUGGCUGGGCAGGUUCUACAUACUCAGUAACUCUGCACUUGCAGAAAAUGAGACUGCCUUUGGAAACAUGAGUGUCUGAGGCUUCUAGGGAAAUGGCAGCCAAGCCAUGACAUGGUGGAGAGAAAGGGAGAGACAGUGUUUGGAGGUGGGUUAGUUUAAAAUCAUGGCAAGUGUCUUGGAAGCCAGAAGCUAGAGCUGCAGUUGAACAUGAUGGAUUGUGCCUUCCAUGCCUUGGACACACAACUCAAUAUCUAGUGUUGGUGAUAGCCCUUCACACAUGCAUAGCUAACAGCCCCUGAGCCAGGACUGGGUGCUGAAGCAGGCAGAGGACUUCAGAUGUGGGUAGAUCCCAUGCCCCAUACAGCAAUUUUUGCAGCAGGCUGGUAAACUCCCAUUCACAGUGCUGUGGACAAGAUCUUCCUUAGGGAUUCUGCUUUCCUUUGACAGUGCACAAUCUUCCUCUGCAGAGGCCCAUGGAGUGCACAGCCUAGAGCCAGGGGUGCCACAUCAAAAUGCCAAGAGCCCUAUGCCUAUCCCAGGAACAGGGCCCACAGCAGAGAAGGAAUGCAGGUAAUCUGAUCUGAAGGAUUAAGCAUAGGCUACAGCACCAGAAUAUUCCAGCCACAGCCCCAGGAAUGGCUUGGAGUACUGGGUCUUAAAUCCAUCUUCCCUGCCUAACUGCACAGGGAAAACCCCCUAAACUCAGGGCUGGAGAUCCCAACAGCACACAGAAAAUUGGUGCACUGAUUGGAUUUCCAAAGGGUUUGGACCACCACUCACUGCAAAGAAGAAUUUGUGGAGAACUGACUUGAAGGUAAGAGGUGACAAAAGAUUGUCAUCUAGUGCAGGUCAGGGAAAGUGCACCCCACCAAGCUUUAGCUCUGUCAAAUUAUAAAUAAUUGUUUAAAUAAGCCUGAAUUUCCUAAAAGAAGCUUAUCAAGAAAAGCAAAUGCCAAGAUGCCAAA